CCCAGAUCAUGACACCCGUUUGCUUGAGGAGGACGCUUUGAUCCUGUGGGGCUAGCUGCUUUUCUGAUGAUCAGCAAACCUCAGAAAACCCAGAACUUCAGGAUCUAGACCAUUCAGCUCUUCAAACCCCAGACCCCAGACCCCACCUGAGGACGUGAGCCACUGAUGGGCUGGGACGGGGCCAAGUUCAAGCAUUUGGGACUGCGGGUCCCUGUGCUGGCUGUCCUUCUGCUAGGAACCUGCCAGGCGCAUCCCAUUCCGGACUCCAGCCCCCUCCUCCAGUUUGGGGGCCAAGUUCGCCAGCGGUACCUCUACACGGAUGAUGCCCAGGAGACAGAGGCCCACCUGGAGAUCAGGGCCGAUGGCACAGUGGUGGGGGCGGCCCGCCAGAGCCCUGAAAGUCUCUUGGAGCUGAAAGCCCUGAAACCAGGCGUCAUUCAGAUCUUGGGAGUUAAAACAUCCAGGUUUCUGUGUCAGGGGCCAGAUGGGAAGCUGUACGGAUCGCUGCACUUUGACCCCAAAGCCUGCAGCUUCCGGGAGCUGCUUCUUGAAGACGGAUACAACGUCUACCAGUCGGAGACCCUGGGCCUUCCACUCCGCCUGCCCCCCCAGCGCUCGUCCAACCGGGACCCGGCCCCGCGGGGACCUGCUCGCUUCCUGCCGCUGCCGGGCCUGCCCCCGGCGCCCCCGGAUCCUUCAGGGAUCUUGGCCCCGGAGCCUCCCGACGUGGGCUCCUCGGAUCCCCUGAGCAUGGUGGGACCCUCGUAUGGCCGAAGCCCCAGCUACAUUUCCUGAAGACGCCCGCUGUGUAUUACUGGGUCUCCUCUUUAUUUAUUGCAUUAUUUAUCUUAUUUAUUUUUUUAUUUUUCCUACUUGAGAUAAUAAAGAGUCUGAGAGGAGGA